CCCUCUUCCGCCGCACGGGACAUCAGAGCGCCUCCCGCCGCCAGAAACACGUGGGCCGGAACAGAAGAAGAGAGUUUGGCUCUGUUGUUCGGACCCUCCGCCUCACGAGUUCACCUGUCUGUCUCCUCACGGGCACUAGGACGGUAACCAUAGCGUCCCCCUCCGUCUAAGAGUGUGGAAGAGCGUGUUGUGUUUGUAAGAGUGUGUGGUCUGUGUGUGUGGAAGAGUGUGUUGUGUGUGUUGUGGCUCAGUGUGUGUUUGGAUGGCGGCGGGAGGCGCGUCCCAGACCGGCGUCGGGGAUGUGGAGGAGGACGCAUCUCAGCUGGUCUUCCCCAAAGAGUUCGAGACGGCGGAGACGCUGCUGAACUCGGAGGUUCACAUGCUGCUGGAGCACCGCAAGCAGCAGAACGAGAGUGCCGAGGACGAACAGGAGCUGUCGGAGGUCUUCAUGAAGACCCUGAACUACACUGCCCGCUUCAGCCGCUUCAAGAACCGCGAGACCAUCGCCAGCGUGCGCAGCCUCCUGCUGCAGAAGAAGCUCCAUAAGUUUGAGCUGGCCAGCCUGGCCAACCUGUGUCCAGAGGCAGCGGAGGAGGCCAAGGCCCUCAUACCCAGUCUGGAGGGGCGGUUUGAAGACGAGGAGCUGCAGCAGAUCCUGGACGACAUCCAGACCAAGAGGAGCUUCCAGUACUGCGGACCCCCCCCCCCCUCCAUA